GCUAAUCCGAGCCAAGCACAGCCAGCUGUUGGCGUCUGAACUGUAGUGUUUACGCCCACAGGAACGAAACUUGAAGUUCAGAGACCAUGACUACGCUGGAUAUUCGGCUAAAGAAAGUGAAUAAGGUCUACCACGAAGGUGAGACAGUGGCUGGAGUGGUGAUAGUGGAAAGCAAGACAGAGACCAAGCAUGAAGGCCUUACAUUGUGGCUUGAGGGCACCGCCAGCAUGCAGCUCAGUGCCAAGAAUGUUGGAAUUUUUGAGGCAUUCUACUCGUCGGCCAAGCCCGUGCAGCUUAUCGGCUACUCCCUCGAGAUAGCCAAGGCUGGCCGCCUGCCCGCCGGCCGCACUGAACUGCCCUUUGAGCUUCCCUUGAGGCCUCGUUCGGGACGAACUUUGUACGAGACUUACCAUGGCGUUUUCAUCAACAUCCAGUACCUCUUACGAUGCGAGAUGAAAAGAUCGUUGCUGAGUAAGGAUGUUCAGAAGACACUUGAGUUCAUUGUCGAGCUGCAGGAAGGCGCCGAGAAGGCAACGCCAGUUCCGGUUAACAUCAACAUAACGCCAGAGUCACUACAAAAUGUUCGAGAUCAUUCACGAGUGCCUCGGUUCCUCAUCAAAGGACGGAUUGACAGCACUUGCUGCUGCAUCACCAAGCCCUUCACUGGAGUGUUAUCCGUGGAAAGCUGUGACUCUGCCAUCCGGUCCAUCGAACUCCAGUUGGUGAGGGUAGAGACGUGUGGCUGCGCCGAGGGCUACGCCCGUGAUGCCACCGAAAUCCAGAACAUCCAGAUUGGUGAGGGCGAUGUGUGUCGAGGCAUUGACAUCCCCAUCUACAUGGUCUUCCCAAGGCUCUUCACCUGCCCCACGCUCAUCACCAACAAUUUCAAGAUAGAGUUUGAAGUCAACAUCGUGGUGGUGUUCGAAGAUGACCACCUGAUGACUGAGAACUACCCAAUAAAACUAACUAGAUUCUAGAAUUAGGUCUACCU